CUGGAGGCUGUGUGACUGGCUACUAUGGGACCGAAGAAGGGUUAUUUCGUGGAUGUCACCAUGGUAACUGCACUCUGCCUGCUGUGUGUCAGCCAUGGUCAGAAGCCGGAGGUGCGUGCCAAGGAAGGGGGUGUGGUGGAGAUGGAGUGUAGACUGCCACCCACGGACCCGGGUGCGUCUGUGUCCCUGCACGUGGUGGAAUGGGUGCGCCAGGGCUUCGAGAUCCCAGUCCUGAUCAAGUUUGGAGUGUAUGCUCCUCGGGUGCAUCCCAACUACGAGGAUCGUUGUUACUUCCCUGAGGUUGUGUCAUGUGUCCGUGCUCUUCUCUCGCCGCCCUUGUGUGGAUUAUCUGCUGUGCUCCUUCCUACCCAUCUGGACACUCUCCCCUGA